GUGGCGAUCGUUCGGGUAAAUAUUAGUCACAAAAGCACAGCGAAGGGUACCGCACGAUCACCGGUAUCAAUCCGAUUUAGUUGCCACUGGAGAUUGGACGAAGCAGGACUCUCGGACGACUUGCUGGCAAACACACCACCAUGAGAGUAUUAAGUGUGAUAAUUUUCUGCAUCAUUGCAUCAUGCACAUGUAAUGACGUUAUCAAUAACGAUGAACAACCAUUCCGGGGACAGAGAAAUGUCGAAUUUGACUGGAAGCUAACCAAGCAAGUCUUCGCAUCACAAAAGGCCAACACGAUCAUAUCUCCACUUUCGGUGAAAAUUUUGCUAGUCCUCCUGUACGAAGCCACCGGAGAUGCUGCCGAGCUUUCGGAAACGCAGACCAAGCGAGAACUGAAAACUGUGUUGGAGCCCAACGGUGAUCUGAACGCGACCCGUAGCAAGUAUCGCCAAUGGUUGGAUUCGGCACUGUCAACCCACCACGACUACGACCUGGAGAUUGCCACCAAGUUCUUCGUCGAGGAGUACAUUGACGUUAUCUCCAAGUAUCAGAUCAUUUCGGAUCACUACUACAGCGCCACGGUUGACAAAGUUCCUUUCUCCAACCCGAAAAAUGCCGCAGAACUGAUCAAUAACUGGGUGAACAAAACAACGCACGGACGCAUUUCGGAACUCGUUACUCCUGAUGGAUUGGAAGGAGCGGUUAUCACGUUGAUCAACGCCAUAUACUUCAAGGGACUGUGGACUUACCCAUUCCCAGAAUACACGCCAAUGUUGACCUUCCAUGGCAAGCAGAAGCAAGUGCAAGCUCCAUUCAUGGAACAAAAUGGUCAGUUCUACUACGAUGAUUCAGCGGCAUUGGACGCUCAGCUUCUGCGUUUGUCGUAUCGUGGAGGAAAAUUCGCCAUGUAUUUCAUCCUACCACACCAAGGAAAGACUGUUGAUGAUGUUCUGGAGAAAAUCACUCCUACCACCCUCCAUCAGGCUCUGUGGUACAUGGACGAAACUGAAGUGAACGUUACCAUUCCAAAGUUCAAGUUUGACUUUUCCGAAGAGUUGAACCAGCCACUGAAGGAUAUCGGCAUUCGUGAAAUUUUCUCACAAAAUGCCUCCCUCCCUCUGCUGGCACGUGGCAAGGGAACCCGAAACGAGGUGCGAGUUUCACGAGUGUUCCAGAAGGCUGGAAUCAGCAUCAAUCACCUGGGAAGUGAAGCCUAUGCAGCUACAGAAAUCCAACUAGUCAACAAAUUUGGCGGAGAUGGAACGCAAAUUUUCACCGCCAAUCGGCCCUUCUUGUUCUUUAUCGAAGAUGAGGACUUUGGUACGCUAUUGUUUGCUGGCAGGGUUGAAGAUCCAACCAAAUGAAGCGGUUCUGUGGUAUGGAGUUGAACAGAUCUUAUUGAUUUUCGAUAGCAUUGAAAGAAACAAAUUAAUGGCAAGAUGGACGAUUGUCCCAUUGUCCCAGCUUGAUACAGCACAAAGACACAAAUAAAGCUGAAUAUUUUAAAAAUGA